UCCAUAGCACUCGUGCUUUGUCUCUCUCCUCCUCUUCACCCUCUGAGUUAAGCUCGCUGCUCUCUAUUGGAUCAUUGCUUUUUACACUUCAAGGAUCUGUGCAGAACUGAAAGAAGUUUCUGCAGGAGGAUUAAAGCUUUGAAAACAACCGAUGCUGGUUUCCUUCAUCAUCUGAUGUUUAUGAGACUUUUGUUUUUUUUUCUGGAAUAAUGCCUUUGUGCUGGAAGAGAAGCUCCUGGUUGCCAGUGGUGUUUGGGACUGCGCUGGUCGUUCUUACUGCUGGCAAUGCUGGACCGAAUCAGGACAGAAGGCAACCUCAGUCAUCCUCGUGCUUUGGAGGCUUUGAUCUCUACUUUGUUUUGGAUAAAUCUGGGAGCGUGCAGCAUCACUGGACUGAAAUCUAUCACUUUGUUGAAAAUUUAGCUCAGAAGUUCAUAAGCCCACAGUUGCGGAUGUCCUUCAUUGUGUUCUCCACUGAGGGACGGAUCUUAAUGAGGCUCACAGAAGACAGGGAACGCAUUCGCAAGGGACUGGAGGAGCUUGAGUUGGUUCGACCAGGAGGAGACACUUUCAUGCAUCUGGGCAUCAUGAGGGCCAGUGAGCAGAUAUACCACGGAAACAUAGAAGGUUAUCGCACUGCCAGUGUUAUCAUAGCUCUGACGGACGGAGAGUUACACGAAGAUCUUUUCUUCUACGCUGAGAGGGAGGCCAACCGCUCCCGAAGUCUGGGUGCCUCGGUUUACUGCGUGGGGGUGAAGGACUUCAAUGAGACACAGCUGGCAAACAUUGCUGAUAGUAAAGACCACGUCUUCCCUGUAAAUGAUGGAUUUGAGGCUCUGCAAGGAGUCAUCGAUUCAAUCCUGAAGAAGUCCUGUAUCGAGAUCCUGGCAGCAGAACCAUCCAGUAUCUGUGCAGGAGAGUCCUUCCAAGUGGUGGUGAGAGGAAGUGGAUUCCUUCACGCCCGAAAUGUUGACAAAGUGCUGUGCAGCUUUCGAAUCAACGACACCGUAACUAAGAUGGUGAAGCCAUUGGUUGUGGAAGAUACAUAUCUACUCUGCCCUGCCCCGGUGCUUGAAGAGGAGGGGAUGGCAGCAAAUCUUUAUGUCAGCAUGAACGAGGGUCUCAGUUUCAUCUCUAGCUCGGUCACAAUUACCACCGUGAGCUGUUCUGAUGGGACCAUCCUGGCCGUAGCUCUGCUCAUCCUGAUGCUGCUCCUGGUCUUGGCUCUCCUCUGGUGGUUCUGGCCUCUGUGCUGCACUGUGAUCAUCCACGAACCACCACCGCCGCCAGCUGUGGAGGAUAGUUCGGAUGAUGAGGACUUUGAAGCCCCCAAGAAGAAAUGGCCGACUGUUGAUGCCUCCUACUAUGGAGGAAGAGGCGUAGGGGGGAUCAAAAGGAUGGAGGUUCGCUGGGGUGAGAAAGGCUCCACUGAAGAAGGAGCAAAGCUGGAGAAGGCCAAAAAUGCCAAAGUGAAGAUGCCUGACCAGGAGUAUGUGUCGCCACCCCCUCGGGUUCUUAACAAUGGCAUGCAGAAACCGCCGGCGCCACGCAACUGGUACUCACCCAUUAAGAGCAAACUGGAUGCAUUGUGGGUGCUUUUAAGAAAAGGCUACGACCGUGUGUCUGUAAUGAGACCUCAUCCAGGUGACAAGGGCAGAUGCAUGAACUUCACCCGUGUAAAAUCCCCCCCUAGCUACCCACACUUCAACAAUCACCCAUCUCCCAUCUACAACCCACCUGGCAGGAAUCCACCUCCACCGCAGGGCACCCUACCACCGACUCCCAGCGCGCCGCCCUUCUCCUCGCUGCCUCCAACCCCUCCACCCAUUUCCAUCCCUCCCCCUUACACACCACCUCCCAACCGGGCUCUUCCUCCAACCACCUUGAACAUACCCGCCCCACCGGCGCUCUCACCCACGCCUCCGCCCUGCGCUAUUCCAACCGGCUUGCUGCCACCUCUUCCCCAGGGACCCCCUCCUGGACGAGCCCCUCCACCUGCCCGCCCUCCGCCUCGCCCUGGCCUGUAGAAGUCUCGUGGGAGACAGGAGGUGGUCACACAAGACUGAAAAACAUAAUCCAGAGUUCCACCAGCACAUAGCCAUCUUUGAUUGUAACUACGAGUGAGGUGCAACAAGGUGCCAACCUCAGCAGGCUGUAGCCUUUCAGACUUGUGACGAGGAGGAGCGAGAACUUGUUUUCAGCUAUUUGUCUACUUUUGUACACAUCUAGCCCAACAGUGCAAUUGCUUGGAUGCUUGAAUUACAUAGACAUUCCCUUUAAAUGAGAUCACGCAGGCCGGCUCAAAAACAUUUGACUGAAGACUGUACGAAUUCUGACCGAGCAGAGGAUCAACAGCUUGUACUAACAGCUUUAUACGCAGGCCCUAGAGAAGGAGUACAGUUGUCUUCUGAAUGGCCAUGUCACUAAAACAAAUGCCAGUGUAAAGUUCCUGUUUUAUAUAAGAGAAAAGAAAAACACUCAUCCUGCCAAUGUUCCACAUACAGCAGAAUAAGGAUGAUGCAGAGGCAUCUGAAAACAAUCCUUUUUUUAAAUUCUUGAAUGUUUGCAUGCAAAAGUGCUCGAAUCAUCGUUUGUUGUUUUUUAACAUUUGUACUUGUUUUUAUACAUUUGUAAAUACUUUCAUUUUUUUACUUUGUACUUGUGUAGACCACACUCUUUUCAUUUUGGGGAAAGAAAGACAAUCGGUGAUGACGGCAUGGACAGUAAGUGUACUGAAACAGCAAUGCAAUGUAUCUGAACUUCCAUUGCUCAACUCCUGACUCGCAAACUAUUUUCAUCCAACCUAAUGUGAGCCAUGUCUGGCCCGUUUUCUGUGCUCAUUGGUGUAAACAGUAGAUUUGGCUUUACCAGAUUUAUGGCUGGAACUGACCUGACCAAGAUGACUGUAAUUACAGCUGUAGGUAAGCGAUGCAUAGGAUCUGUCUGUUAAAAUGAGGGUAACUCUGGGAAUCAGGGAAAAGCUUUGCACAUCGUCUUACUCGUCCACCUACGGCUUCAAAAAAAGUUGUACAUUAUUAAUGCAAAUAUGCGUGCUCAGUUAUAUGUGUGUUGUACAUUGAUGAGUCAGUAAACAAUCUUGUUUUACUUUUUUUGCAGAAAGUCUUUAAUUCCUCUGAGAAUAAAAUACAAUGAAAGCCAUUCGUGGAUGUUGAUAUGAAGCUUUUACUCUCAUCACGUCACGGUUAGCAAUCCCGUC